GCUUUGUUAACCACUGAGAACGAAUUUCGCACGCUCUGGUUAAUUGAUUACCGACGAUUCGCAAGGGAUCAGUUUGUUCGAACUGAUCGAUUAGAUUUGUCGCAUCUAGUUGAGCUUCUCCCCUGUUGUAAGUUAAAAUGUCGAAGGUGUACGAAAAAAGUUUGCAUUUCAUGCAACGGGUGCACAUUCCGUACGAGGAUAAACGCAUCCUAGCGUACCUGAUCGGUGGCUUGGCAACGCUCUUCGGAACCGUAAUCUAUGGAAUGGUUGCAGCGCACAAGUUUGGAGCUCUCGGGGACGCCGGCUGCCUCUCGUUGUCAUAUGUCUAUAAUCUCGAGUUUCCGUUGCUGACGGUGAUGCUAAUGGUGUACUACGUUACUGCUUGUGCCUUCUUCUGGGGAAUCGUUAAGGAGCGGUCACAGUAUAUAUUGCCAUUCUUCUGCCUCCUGGUGGCCACCAUGGGCUUCAUCGGGCACGCCCACGUCGAAAGGAUGCUGUUCGAAGUCAGCGAAGAUGAGCGAAGGUUCAUUAUUGUGGCGUUUGUGUUUACGACAGCUGUGUUGGUUUUUGCCAGUGCUAUCACGUUGAUGCUGUACAGGGAAAUGAACAACCUGAGACGAUACAAGACAGAGUUUAACGAGCUUUUUGCACCCGAGGAAAAACAUUGAUGUAAUACGAGGACCAGUUUAGAAAAAAAGUUUAUCAAUAGGUAAAUGUUGGACAGGUUCAACAAAGUACAAGUGUCGGUAUAAUUAGAUUAUGGUAAGAUAAUCACGUUUAUUAUGUUCAAUCAAGCCAGUUGCUCAAUUAAAAGACUAUUUAGUGUAUAUU